CGCCCUGUCCCAUUUCUCCCCCCUUAAAACUUCCACUUGGUUUUGAGUGCCCUCGAAAGUAAAGUCCCCUCAACGAGGGAAGUGGAGUUGAAGAUCUUUCCCUAUGAAAUGGGACACCACUAUAUGCAAAUUAGCGCGGCAAACCUCACUACGUCACGCGCAACGUCGACGUGUCUACUACUACUAUUUUCAUUCAGAAAAUGCCGGUUCCAGCUGUUGUGUUGCCUGUUGUGUGGGCUGUGUUCGUGUAUCUACGUCUGAUGAAUCAACAGAGAAGGCAUGUGGAAUAUAGAAGACGCAUUCGCCGUCUUCUUUGCCUUGAGGAUUUAUUUCAGAGUGACCGUCCAGUGACAUACUGCAGUUUGAAUACUGUUGUGCCCAUCCUACGCCUGUGGUUUAAUGUGGAGUUAGAGAUCAAACAGGACUUCAGGUUAAAUAGGCAGGCCAUGCAUGCCCUGCAGCGCCUGAUGCAGAGAGAGCAGGACCAUGGAUGGGGCACUGAAUUUGAAGUCCUGAUAUACGUCUAUUGGCUUGCCCAUGGACUUUCCUAUCGUGUGGUGUCGCUGAGUUUUCAGGCCCUGGAGGUCAGUCCUACAUUUGCACCCCAGGUCAUAGCAUCCUGUGCUUUCCUGCACAAUGUUUGCAUUGAUAAUGGAGAUGUCCUGGAACCAGACAAUGAUGUGGCAGUGGACAUCCUGGACCCAGAACCUCCCCUACAAGAAGCUCCUGAGGCACAUGAAACACCAGGGAAUGCCACAAGGGACAGACUUGCUGCCUUGAUCAGCGCACAAGCCCCUCAUUAG